CACCCGUUUUAACAUGGAGUAGGUACGAUGGCCGAUGGGUAGAAAAUUCAGAAUUAAAAAUUCUCCAAUUUUCCUUCUGAGCAAUGGAAAUGUAUUCACUCCAUUAAAUUCAAAUCCAGUGACCCUCCCAAGAAAUUCUUGAUAGACAUACAUAUAUAUAUAUAGAGAGAGGGAAGAGUUCUGGGUUUUAGAGAGAGAGAGAGAGAGAGAGAGAGAGAUUGGAUGGGCAGAGCUUUCGUGUACGUGAUACUAGGGGGAGGGGUUGCAGCUGGUUACGCCGCUCUUGAAUUCACUAGGAGAGGUGUCUCUCAUGGCGAACUCUGCAUCAUCUCUGAAGAAUCCGUUGUACCUUAUGAGAGACCUGCAUUAAGCAAAGGUUUUUUGCUCCCAGAAGCUCCAGCACGCCUCCCAUCUUUUCACACUUGUGUAGGUGCCAAUGAGGAAAGAUUAACCCCAAAAUGGUACAAGGAACAUGGGAUUGAAGUUGUUCUUGGAACACGGGUUAAGUCAGCAGAUGUGAAGCGGAAAACACUAUUAACGGCGACUGGUGAAACUAUAAGCUACAAGUUUCUCAUCAUUGCAACAGGUGCUCGGGCCUUGAAGCUUGAAGAGUUUGGGGUUACCGGAUCAGAUGCUGGAAAUGUGUGCUAUUUGCGUGAUUUGGCUGACGCAACCAGGCUUGUUGAUGUGAUGCAAUCCUGUAUCGGUGGGAAUGCCGUUGUCAUUGGUGGUGGCUACAUAGGGAUGGAGUGUGCUGCAUCUCUGGUGAUAAAUAAACUAAAUGUCACAAUGGUUUUUCCAGAGGCACAUACAAUGGCCCGUUUAUUUACACCAAAGAUUGCGAGUUAUUACGAGGAUUAUUACAUUGCUAAAGGAGUAAAAUUCAUCAAAGGAACUGUCAUGUCAUCAUUUGACAUGGACUCUGAUGGAAAGGUUACGGCCGUUAACCUAAAGGACGGUAGUUGGCUUCCUGCUGAUAUGGUUGUGGUGGGAAUUGGAAUCCGUCCAAACACAGCCCUAUUUGAAGGCCAACUGACUAUGGAAAAGGGAGGGAUCAAAGUAAACGGACAAAUGCAGGCGAGUGACAGCUCCGUCUACGCUGUCGGCGACGUUGCCGCAUUUCCGGUCAAGCUCUUCGGCGAAACCCGCCGGCUGGAACAUGUUGACUCAGCACGGAAAUCAGCCAGACAUGCCGUGGCUGCAAUAAUGGAUCUGGAAAAGACAAACGAAUUCGACUACCUGCCUUUCUUCUAUUCCAGAGUCUUCACAUUGUCGUGGCAGUUCUACGGAGACAACGCAGGAGAGGUAGUCCACUUUGGCGAUUUCUCGGGAAAUACUUUUGGGGCGUACUGGGUUAAUAAGGGUCAUCUUGUUGGUUCCUUCCUAGAAGGUGGAAGCAAAGAGCAAUAUGAGGCUAUAUCCAAGGUCACAAGGCUCAGGCCAGCAAUUGAGGACUUGGGUGAGCUUGAGAAGCUAGGUUUGGGAUACGCGUUGGCAGAGAGUCAGAAAUUGCUGCAGCCACCGCCUCCUCGUGAUGGUGGUGGUUCCGCUCUUGUUCUGGAUAAAAGACCAUUGUAUGCUUGGCAUGCAACGGCUGGGGUGGUUGUGGCGGCAUCAGUGGCAGCGUUUGCAUAUUGGUAUGGGAGGAAGCGGCGGAGGUGGUGAGAAAAGAUCAUUUGUUGUCAGAAUUUGUGGGUUUUUAUUUCGUUGCUUCGAUACUGUAAUAGCCAUGUUGUAGCAUUCAUAACGCUGGGGAAUUUAAAUACUCAGAUCUUGUGAGAUCAUAUCUGUUCAAACAGAAGAAGGAUCAAUAGAGUGUUUAAUGCAAAAGUAUACCUCAGUUCCUAAUGA